UCCGAGCUGCUGGAAAGGACGGGGAGAAAUGGCUGAUGCCAUAGCUGAUACGAGAAGGCUGUACACUAAGCCUCAAAACCUAAAUGACGCGUAUGGACCUCCGAGUAAUUUUCUAGAGAUUGAUGUGAGCAACCCUGAGACCAUCGGGGUUGGCAGAGGUAGAUACACAACGUAUGAAGUCAGACUGAAGACCAACCUACCCAUCUUCAAGCUGAAGGAGUCGAGUGUGCGGAGGCGGUACAGCGACUUUGAGUGGCUCAGAGCGGAGCUGGAGAGAGAAAGCAAGGUCGUCGUACCGCCUCUCCCGGGAAAAGCUAUUUUCCGACAGAUGCCAUUCAGAGGUGAUGAUGGCAUAUUUGAUGACUCCUUCAUCGAGGAGCGAAGGCAGGGUCUGGAGCAGUUUCUUAACAAAGUGGCCGGUCACCCUCUAGCUCAGAAUGAACGCUGCCUGCACAUGUUUCUACAAGAUGAGUCUUUGGACAAGAACUACACCCCAUCCAAAAUCAGACAAGCCUGAAAAAAAGACACAGCUCAGCUUUGCCUGGUCUGACUGACCUACUCAGUUUAGCUUGGCCCGAGAACCCCAAAGUUCUCUUCACAGCUUCAGGUUUUUCUCAGACAAUGAAUAUUUCUGUGACAAUUUUUCCCUCCUUUUCUCCCCUAAAGAGCUAUAAGUCAUUGCCUUGUUUGAUUAUAAACCCUUAUCAAUGUUUGUUUUCACCUUCUAAAUAGUCAAGAACGUUCUACACACAACUGUGGUUGAAAGUAAUUUAUAGUUAUUACGCUUUAUGUGUGGAAUUGCCACUAACAUGGAUAUAUUAUGUAUUUAUCAUUUAUCUAUGUACUGAAUAUAUUCAUUUAUCUAGUAAAAUCAAAUGAUUGUUUUAUGUAUCCAAAGCUCUUGUAUUGAGCCACAGCAUUUCCUAUCCAGCACUGGCUUCAUGUUUGCCAUAAUAAUCAACACAACACUCACAGACACAUUUGAUGGGCCUUGACUUUCGCACCACACUUAGUUGUCGUCUUAAAAACAAGGUAAAUGUGUAUCAACCAGCACCUGCCCAAUUAUCACAAUGUUUUCUAGCAAGCAAUUUACACAGAGGGAACUGCAGUAUUUCUGCUGGCUAUAUGCAAUUUGAGAUUUGUAUACUGCCGUGCCAUUUUUGUUUAUUUUGAAGAUUUUCCAAUAAAACUGGUGAAAUAUC